AUGCCUGAACAAGAUAUUCAGGUGUUUAACUCAAUUCCCCAAACCCAUGGCGGUAACGACGAUUUGCAGGAAGGACUACUGAGUCUCGGUAAUGCCGCCAUGGAUGUUGUUCACCAUUCCGCGGCACAAGGUGUACCAUCUGCGGUUCCGUACACGUUGCAGGAUUUAGCGCAAAUAUGGGAUUCUAAUGUUUCAUCUCUAAAUGACUCUCUGGUCGAUCCCGUGGAAGCCCAUUCAAGCGCAGCAUUCUAUGCCAGGCCGGCUGCUAUGCCUAUGCGCAGCUCAUCCGUUGAGGUUCCCAAUCCAGUGUACACAGAUUACGCACACCAUGGAUAUGGAGAACCAUCAAGAUCACAUUCCGGCUCUAUGUCAAGGACUUCAUUGGCUCAGAUGCCAAUUGAUACUUUUCUAAUGGAGCACCAGACCAAAGUUGGAGCAUUUCCUGUAUCAAUUAUUCCUUCCCCACCAGACCUACCUGUUGGUCCAUCAAGACAGCGGCCAAGGGGCAUGUCUCAUCGCAUGUACACCCCGCAUAGGCUCGUAGCGAAGAAACAUAACACAGCAUCACACCGCAUAGAGUGCGCUCACAAUCUGCAAUUUAAUCCAACCUGGCCCAUCCCUCCAUCUGGAGAGAUGACCAAUCAAAAUACUGUGUCCGAGCAAGGGCAAUUCCGAGGAGGCGAAGGCUCCGGGGUUAUUCCCGUAGAGCAGACAUCCGAAAGGAUAUCUGGAUCAAGAAGUGCUCGAAGAUCCGAGCCUCAAGAAGACCAAGGAAAUGGAAAAGUGGCACCCAAAAGAGGGCCUCGGGCAGGAAACCGGAGCGCCAAACGAGGGGGAAAGCCCUUCGUACGUCAAGUACGCAUAGACCGAGUCACUGGAAAGCCGGUGUACCAAGGCAUGAGACCCGACACAAAACAACAAACAGAAAAGGCAUGGGAUAUAGCGGUUGGGGAGCGCGGGACUACCGUUGGAUAG